AUGUCCGAGUCUGCGCGCAAGAAACAGCGCCGGUCGCCGGUCGCCACACCAGACACCGAUGCCCGCGCUGAGCCCACCACUCCCUUCCGCCGCGCAAUCAGCGCAGGCCCCGCACCAGGAAGCCGCAAGACGCCCACUUUUCGAACGCCAGGAACCGCUGCACGCACACCACGGGGAGGGCCAGCCACACGACCCAUCUCGGCACGCAGAGCAGCGCCAACCACGCCCCACGCGAUCAGAGCAUUGCGAGAGCGCGCCAACGCUGCGCGCACACCUGGAAACAACCGGCGCAGGAGUGGCAGGGUACAGCGAGAAACGCCCCGGGAUCUCCUGCGCAACCUCAGCAGAGCCCUUGCGCGCGACAGCCGUCCAGUCGAACCGGAGCCCCAGACACUUCCACGCCGAAGCAGACACUCCGCUCUCGACCUCCCAGAUGUCGCAGACAGUCCUGACAUGGCAGCGCCACGCCUCAGCAUGCCGCUGGAGGACAUGUACGACGACGACAGCUUCCACGAGCGACCGCCGCGACAAUCUCUUCUGCCCGAGCUCCCCGAUGAUGUAGACGGAGGCACAGUUCAGUCGCUCGAAUUUGGACGGCGAGCGCUGAGCGAAGACCCCAGAUAUGCCAGGAGAGUCAGCGAGAGAUUUGCCGACUUCAGUGAGCUUGGGGCUGUGGAUGAGGAGUUUGACAUGGACGGGACCUUGAUCAACCGGCGCCGCACAGGAGUCUUUGAUCCUUUGCUCGACCAAACCAUUGUAGAGGAAGACGAGGAUACAGUGGAAGCCCUGACUGGGCGGAGGGACGGGCCGUCCAGCGAUGCAGAUCUGGGCGUGUUUGGUGAAGCCGACGACGACACGGAGGAGCCUACGUUCAGAUUCCACAUCCCGGAGCGGAUACGUGCGCCGAUUGAGGAGCAAAUCGAAGACGAAGACGAGCCAGACGAGACUGUUGUGUUGGCAGACGUCUCCGAGCGAGACGAGUCCGAAGUGGAAGAGGAAGUGCCGGCUCUCGACGAAGAAGAAACGGCAGCAUUGAACGUGGACGAGCCUACGGACGCAUUCGGCAUGACAGGGUGGGAAUCAGAUCCUGGCGUAGACGACGAUCUUGAGCUCGCCGCGUAUCGCGAGGAAGAGUCCGCCUUGGACCGCAGUCUGCAAGCGCCUGAAGCACUGGCAGCAGUCCAGAAACGAAUGGGCGGGCGGCGGAAAGAGCUCAAGCUGUCACGGGCCGGCCUGGACUAUCCGUCGUUCCCAGCUGCGUCAGUCAAGCAGGUGGCACUCGGCUUUAUGAAAUCACAAGGCAGCAAAGCACAACUCAGCAAGGACACACUCGCCGCUCUCGUACAGACAACAGACGACUUCUUCGAGCAAAUCGGCAUAGACCUAGCUGCCUACGCACAACACGCCGGCCGCAGAGUCAUCGAAGCGAGUGACGUCCUGGCUCUCAUGCGACGAACCCGCAAGACGUCGAGCAGCACGACGUCGUUCUCGCUUGCGCAGAAGAUGCUGCCGCGAGAACUGCUGCAGCAGCUGAGGAUGGAGCCGCAGCCUCAACUCAAGGGCCAGAAGCGCAAACGCUUGGCUGCUAUACAGGAGGAGGAUGACGGGUGA